GCUAGGAGCACUCAUGGGCAAAAGAGGGAACAGAGUUAUUGUUUUCCUUCUGCUUUUUAAUGAAGUUUACCCUUUUGGUCUUUCAGAAAAAUGCCAGUAGUUUGGGAAAACUUUGCAAAAAGCUCUGGAUCUCACUCAGAAGGAGCGAAUUCAUGAAGAAGGGGGGAUUGGGACGUAAUGGCUGCAUCUUCGUCACAUCAUCCUGGAUUUGGCCACUCGGGGAAGAGUUUUCUUAUUGAUAAUUUGCUGCGUCCCAGCAAUAAAUCACGCACUCCCCAAGUCAUACCUGCUGCCACCCAGAAAAGGUGCCUCUCCAGGUUGGUGUGUGAACCGGUGGGACUGCUUCCAAGGAGCACAUGGGUCUGCUCACAUGGGACUCAGCAGAGUAAUAGCCAGGACAUGGAGAGAGAGCCACAAGCAGCAGUGAUCAGUGUUGGGCUGCUGUGUGCUUCUCCUCUCCACACAUGCUGCGGUGCCUCCAGUCCACUCAUGGGCUCACCUACUCUCCUCUCCACAGAACAGACAGCCCCUGCUGUGUGGAGCUCGGGUUCCUGUCCUAAGACCCACAGGGGGAUCCUAAGGAGAGCUGUGUUCUCUGAGGAGCAGAGGAAAGAACUGGAGAGAACAUUCCGCAGACAGAAAUACAUCAGCAAGACAGACCGCAACAGACUGGCCAUGGAACUCUGCCUGAAGGAGACACAGGUGAAGAUCUGGUUCCAGAACCGCAGGAUGAAGUGGAGGAACACUAAGGAGAGAGAGAGACGGAGCGUGCGCCCACCCAUGGAAGAGCUGCUGUUCCGAAGCCUCCCAGAGGGAGAGGAGGACACCACACACAUGCACUCUCUCCACUGAGAACCAUAAGACCCUCACACAUGCCCAACGCCUACUGACAAACACACUCUCACCCACUUGUAAAUUUGCCUGCUCAGAAGAUGUUUGUUUUGACAGCCACAGCAGAACUUAAUUCCUGUUUGCAGUUUUCUUUAGUCCUCUGCAUGACUUGUUGUAUAUGACUGUGCAAUUUUGUUGAAUUUAAUGACAAAGCAGUUCAUUGUACUAUUUUAUAACUGAAAAAUACAGGCUCUUUUGUAAUAAGGUUAUAAGUGUAAUAUGUGUUUGUGAAUAGUAAAAUGCCAAUAUGACCACAUUUAAGUGGCACUGUUGUAGGAACGUAUAAUUGUCAUAAAAUCCAUGUAUAAUACCGUAGAAACAAUAACAAUGGAAGCUAAGAAUGUGCAUUCUGAUUUAGAUAUACGUUUUAUUUGUAUCUUUAAAAUAAGAUAAUGUAAUCUCACAUGUACCUAGUGCUUCAUAAUGUAAAGAAAAGAUAAAAAAUAGACAUUGAA